GUUAUAUCCAAAAAGUGCAGUGAAGAGCGGCGUUGUAGUGAAGAGCCCACAAUCUCAUCAUGGUGUAAUUCUUUUUUGAAGUGAUACUCCUUUCUCCCUCACUUAACCCUGCACAAUUCGGAAUUUACUUUUUUUGAAGUUCAAAGUCCCUCAAGAACAAUCAAUAUGUAUCGAAAAGGUUUGAUGGAGCAGGAUUUAAAUAAGCUGGAUCUGACAACACUAGAUCCCCUCACACCAGAAGUUAUUUCUCGUCAGGCUACAAUAAAUAUUGGCACUAUAGGUCAUGUGGCACACGGGAAGUCAACAGUUGUGAAAGCCAUAUCUGGUGUUCAGACUGUUCGUUUUAAAAAUGAGCUGGAACGCAACAUUACCAUUAAGCUUGGAUAUGCCAAUGCAAAGAUAUACAAAUGUGAAGAUGGACGUUGUCCUCGACCUAUGUGCUACAAGGCUUAUGGUAGUGGAAAAGAAGAUAGCCCCAUGUGUGAUGUGCCAGGGUUUGAGAACUGCAAAAUGAAAUUGCUGAGACAUGUAUCUUUUGUUGAUUGCCCGGGUCAUGAUAUUCUAAUGGCUACAAUGCUUAAUGGAGCGGCAAUAAUGGAUGGAGCAUUGCUUCUCAUAGCUGCCAAUGAAAGUUGUCCCCAACCUCAAACUUCAGAGCACUUAGCUGCUGUUGAGAUAAUGCGCCUCCAACAUAUUAUAAUUCUUCAAAAUAAGGUUGAUCUUAUUCAGGAGAAUGUAGCCAUCAACCAGCACGAAGCAAUUACAAAAUUUAUCCAGGGAACUGUUGCUGAUGGCGCACCAGUCAUACCAGUUUCCGCACAGCUGAAGUAUAAUAUUGACGUUGUGUGUGAAUAUAUUGUGAAAAAGAUCCCAAUUCCUGAGAGAAACUUCAUUUCACCACCAAAUAUGAUUGUAAUCCGCUCUUUUGAUGUCAAUAAGCCUGGGUUUGAGGUUGAUGAUAUACGUGGUGGUGUUGCUGGUGGAAGCAUCCUGAAGGGUGUAUUAAAGGUAAAUCAAUUUAUCGAGGUUCGUCCUGGGAUUGUUGUUAAAGAUGAGAAUGGCAACAUCAAAUGCACCCCAAUAUAUUCUAGAAUAGUUUCACUUUAUGCUGAGCAGAAUGAACUACAAUAUGCAGUGCCAGGAGGCCUCAUUGGGGUUGGCACAACCAUGGACCCCACUUUGACCCGCGCUGAUCGGUUAGUGGGACAGGUUCUUGGGGAGGUCGGGUCACUGCCUGAGGUUUUUGUUGAAUUGGAGGUGAACUUCUUCUUGCUGCGACGGCUUCUAGGUGUGAGGACAAAGGGAACGGAGAGACAGGGAAAGGUCUCAAAGCUGGCAAAGGGAGAGAUCCUUAUGUUGAACAUAGGAUCUAUGUCAACAGGGGCUCGUGUUGUUGCUGUGAAGAAUGAUUUGGCUAAACUUCAACUCACAUCUCCCGUAUGCACCAGCAAAGGGGAGAAAAUUGCACUCAGCCGGCGAGUUGAGAAGCACUGGCGUCUUAUCGGUUGGGGCCAGAUUCAAGCUGGUAUUACUCUCGACAUCCCACCCUACCCAAUCCAGUGAACCAGUUGAACAGUUAAAAACACACAAGAAAAACUAGCAAAACAAUACAAAACAAAGCGAAUAGAUGUGGGAGGGCAGACAACUGCUUGGAACAAUUUUUGUCCGGUAGAGAAGAAAAAAUGAUUUUCAGUUUUUGAUAUUUUAUUAUUUCUGAGGUUUUUUUCAUGCUUCUCUGUUUCCUUUUGAAUUGCUUUGUACGUUGUGCCGAUUCUUCAGUCACAUGGUUGAUAAUGAGUUAUACUUGGAGCAACGAGCUUGUUGCAAAUAGCCUACAUAUCACUUAAUUUUUUCAUUACAUACUGCCAGCGAUGCCAACCAACUCUCC